CAUGACUGGGUGUUACCUUCUAGCACAUGUUAGUUGGCCUGGCUGAUAUAAUAAUAUUGAUUCUUGUGAUGAUCUGUAGCUAAAGUUAUGUCAUACGUUUAUAAAUUGCUGCUCAGACUUUCUGAAUCACAAUGUACAUUGGCGUUGCUUCCUACAAAAGUUCAAGUAAUUGCAGUAAUUCAGGCAGCUUGAAAAUGGGAGUGAUGCGUUAUGUUGCUAUCAUGUUCAUUGGUGUCUUAGGAUAUGUAGUUUGUUCAGAAGCUCAACUGCAGCCGGGUUUUUACUCUAAGAGCUGCCCAAAAGCCGAGAAGAUUGUUCAAGACUUCGUCCAUGAACACAUCCAUAAUGCUCCAUCUUUGGCAGCUGCCUUCCUAAGAAUGCACUUCCAUGACUGCUUUGUCAGGGGUUGUGAUGCAUCUUUACUUCUGAACUCGACGUCGAGCAACCAAGCUGAGAAGUCUGGCGGUCCAAAUCUAUCGCUCAGAGGUUUUGACUUCAUUGACAGAGUGAAGAGCCUUCUUGAAGCCGAAUGUCCUGGCAUAGUUUCUUGUGCAGAUACAGUUGCUUUGGUUGCAAGAGAUUCUGUUGUGGCCACCGGAGGGCCAUUUUGGAAAGUUCCAACUGGUCGAAGAGAUGGGACAAUCUCUAUGGCCUCAGAAGCGCUGGCCAACAUCCCAGCUCCAACUAGCAACUUCUCCAACCUCCAAACACACUUUGGUAACAAGGGUCUUGAUUUAAAAGACUUGGUCUUGCUCUCUGGAGCCCACACCAUUGGCAUUACUCGUUGUUCAUCCAUCGCUAACCGACUCUACAAUUUCACUGGGGUGGGAGAUCAGGACCCAGCUCUGGACAGUGAAUAUGCUGCCAAUCUCAAGGCAAGAAAGUGCAAAACUCCUACAGAUAAUACAACUCUUCUUGAAAUGGAUCCAGGAAGCCACAGAACAUUUGACCUUAGCUACUACAGUCUCGUGCUAAAGAGAAGGGGCAUAUUCCAAUCAGAUGCUGCUUUGACUACCAACCCCACUUCUAAGUCUUAUAUCACCCAACUGCUUCAAGGACCGCUUGAAGAUUUCUACUCCGAGUUUGCGAAGUCUAUGGAGAAAAUGGGUCGGGUCAACGUCAAGACCGGGACAGAGGGCGAGAUAAGAAAGCACUGUGCAGUGGUUAAUAGUUGAGGUUUUUUAGUGUGUUAAACUUCUCAGUUGUGUUCGUUUCAUAUCAUAAUUUGAGGUGGUUUCCUCGUAUUGUUGGGUGAAUAAAUGGGUUUUGUUCUGGAGUCCCUUUCUUCUUCUCCUGAAAGAAUUUUUUCAUGUAAUAAAAACUAAUCAAGAGAGAAAAAAUGGUUACCAAGAACUGAUGAUAAAUUUGCAGAUUGAUUAUGAUUUCGGGACCAUCUUUCUGGGUUCUGGGUGCAAGUCUGUGUAGCAAUAAGAUUAAAAACAGCAUAGCAAAUUUAGCAAUGGAUGUGGACAAUUGUUUUGGAAA